AUGAAGUUACUCGCAGCGGCGCUGCUGCUACUAGCCGUCAGCCUCGGCUGCCAGGCGCAAGUCAAAACCUUCCAAAACUACAAGCUGUACAAGCUGAUCGUAAACGAUGACGAACAGGCGGAGGAGCUGCACAGCUGGUACGAUACGGGUUCGCUGGACUUCUGGAGCUACGCCAGCCUCAACCACACUUUGACGGUAAUGAUCAAUCCGGGCCUGAAACGGCGCUUCGAGCGCAUGCUCGACGACCAGGAGAUCGAGUUCGAGCUGGUGGAGGACAACGUCCAGUCGCUGCUUGACCACGAGCAGGAGCAACGCAAGCUGGCGCGCAACGUCACCAGCAAGCGUAUCGUACAGAAGAUGGACCCGAUCGACUUUGAUCACUUUUGGACUCUGGACGAGAUCUACGAAUACAUCGAUAACCUGGCGAAGGCGUUCCCGAAGACGGUGAACGUGAUGGAGAUCGGUCGUACCAGCGAGAACCGUGCGAUCAAGGCGAUCUCCAUCUCGAGCAAGGGAGUGAUCGAUCAGACCCGGCCGGUGGUGUUGAUCGACGCCGGUAUCCAUGCGCGUGAGUGGGCUGCUCACAUGUCCGCGAUAUAUCUGAUCCACCAGCUGGCCGAGAAGGCAGAGAACAACUCGGAGCUGCUCGAAAACACCGACUGGAUCAUCGUGCCCGUGGCGAACCCGGAUGGUUAUGUGUAUAGCCACGAGCAGAAUCGUCUUUGGCGUAAGAACCGUUAUACCGACAACGAACUGUGCCCUGGUGUUGAUCUAAACCGCAACUUCCCAUUCCGUUGGGGAUACACUUCAAACUCUUGUACUGACGGCUUCUCUGGCAACGCGCCAGCCUCGGAGAAGGAAACGCGCGCUCUGAUGCUGCUGAUGGCCCAGUACUCGCGCGCCAUCAAGAUGUACCUGUCGCUGCACGCCUGCGGUGACUACAUCCUCUAUCCGUACGGGUACGACUACCAGCUGGCACCGAACGCCGGUGCCCUGCACGAUCUCGGUCUGAAGGCUGCCCGUGCCGUCCAGAAGUUGAAUGGUACGGAAUACGCGGUGGGCAAUGCGGCCGACCUGCUCUAUCCGGCCAACGGCAGCGAUGACUUCAUCUACGGUAGCUACGGUGUCGAGUUCGCGUACACGCUCGAGCUGUCCUGUGGUGCGCGCGGAUAUGGCUUCAUCAUCGAGAUCGAGCAGAUCUCCAAGAUUGCCGGUGAGGCGUUCGAGAUGGUCCGGGUGUUCGGAGAGUUCGCCGGUACGCAGACCGUGUCCAAGCGUCCCCGUGUGAAGGUCCAGGCGGAGAAGAAACCCGUCAAGGUGGUGGAGCCGGUGAAGGAACCCGUCAAGGUGGAGGAGCCGGAGAAGGAACCCGCCAAGGUGGAGGAGCCGGAGAAGGAACCCGUCAAGGUGGAGGAGCCGGAGAAGGAACCGCAAGGAAGGAUGAAGUCACUGGUCGCGCUGAUUGGUUGCCAGUUGCUGCUGUUGGCCUUGGCCAGAGCCGGUUCUUACCACGAGUUUGAGGUGUACAAUGUACGGCCGGAAACGUCGGAGCAGCUGACGGAGCUGCUGAAAUGGCGCACCAUAGCCGAUGUGGAUUUCUGGGACGUUCCCAAGCUGAACCGGAACGCACGGGUUAUGGUGGCCCGACCGGAGCGUAAAACCGUCGAAGAGUUUCUCGAACGCCACGACAUCGAGUACGAUCUGGUGGUGGAGGACGUCCAGGAAAUGCUGAACAAGGAACACCGUCGUAAUGAGGAACACAACCGGCGUGUCAAACGUGACUCAAACUCCCGCUCGACGGUAAAUUUCGAGCACUUUUGGACGCUGGACGAAAUCUACGACUAUCUGGACGAGCUGGCUCUUGCCUAUGGAUCGCUGGUCCGUGUAUCGCAGGUUGGCGAGACGCAUGAAGGUCGCCCCAUUAAGGCCAUCACUAUCUCGACGCGUGGCGAGAUCGAUCAGACCCGUCCGAUUGUUUUCAUUGAUGGAGGUAUUCAUGCACGAGAGUGGGCCGGAGUGAUGUCGGUGAUGUACAUGAUUCACGAGUUCGUUGAACACUCGGAAGAGUAUGGGGCUCAGCUGGAGAAUGCUGACUACGUCAUCAUACCGGUCGCAAACCCCGACGGGUACGUGUACACGCACGUCGAGAACCGUCUGUGGCGCAAGAACCGCGUGCAGAGCAACGUGCUCUGCUACGGCGUGGACCUGAACCGCAACUUCCCGUUCCAGUGGGAUCGAACGACCAGCGAGUGUACGAACAACUUCGCCGGCAAGGAGGCGUCGUCGGAGAACGAAACGAAAACCAUUAUCGCGCUGAUGGAUCGCUAUAAGGCGGCCAUUAAGGUGUACCUGGCGGUCCACACGUACGGUGAACUGAUCCUGUGGCCGUGGGGUUACGACUUCCUACACGCACCGAACGAAGCGGACCUCCAGCGGCUUGGCGAGCAGGCCCGGGAUGCACUGGUGGCGGCCGGUGGUCCAACGUACGAGGUUGGCAACUCAGCGGACAUUCUCUACACGGCCACCGGUGCGACCGAUGACUACGCGUACAACCUCGGCGUGCCGUUCGCGUACACGCUCGAGCUGACCGGUGGAGGAUCGCAAGGAUUCGAUCUGCCUGCGUCCGAGUUGCCCCGCGUAACGGCACAGACGUUCGAGUUGUUCAAGGUGUUCGGGCAGCACGCCGGCACACUGUCUCUAUCGUAGGCACACGAUCGCUGAUACGGAAUCGCCAGCUCAGUGUCCCGGCUUGAAUGAGCAUUUCCCUAGUGUAGAGCAAUAAAACAUUAUCGUUUCAACGUAAGCGAUAACGCUUCUUGGAAAUGCAAAAGCUUUCUUAUC